UGAUUUUGGCCGCGUUCCGAAACUUCCUAAAAAUACUAAAACGAACUGAUCAGCUGUUACUAGAUAAGCUUAAAUUGAAAUGGGCCUUAACUACAUUCUCAACUAAUUGGUUUGCACUGUUGUUGACUGAAAAUGAUGCUUUGUUUUCUAUGAUCUAAAAUAAUUCCAUUUGUUUCUGCCAAUCAUUUUCUAUGGGUGCGUAGGGAUGUCAUUUUAAAAACUAGAUUUUUUCCUUGUUUCCCAAAUGAAUUCUGUAAAAAUUCCAUUAAAAACUGUGAAGCCCUGGCUAAAAAGGGCUCCUGUUUUAAUGACAGGAUUAAGGAACCACUGGUACCAAUAUUACAAACCAGGUCCCUAUCCUAUCACUGAGGAGAAACGAAUAAACGCGGCUAAAAAGUACGAACUACAUCCAUCGGAGUACGAGCCCUAUGUGGACGAUGGAGAAGGAUAUGGCGAUUACCCAAAGUUGCCACUUAUAUCAUAUGAGAACAAGGAUCCGUUUUAUCCUUGGGAUGUUCCAGAAUUGAAGAAAAACUUCAAAGAACCUCUUCAUGCUGAUUUCGAUUUGUUAAGGGAGGAUCGGUAUGAUAUUAAUUAUAAAAAUUUGAACUUCCCACUGUGGAUUUACUGGGCCCAGUUCUUUGGAGUGUUGGCUGGUUUUUUCUCUAUUUACUUGACGGCCGAAAGUUUUAAAAUGUUUCACCCCGUGAUUCCAAAACAAAUGCCAGCCAAGGGAAGACAACAUUAUACAUUUGAAAAAGACUAACGUAGAAAUCUGUAAAAUUGUAAUUUCACAUCAUAAGUAAAUAAAUUUUUGUUACAUUAAAAA